AUGGAGAACCCAGAAAAGAUGACAAGGUCCACCAGCUGCCGUGGAGUCUCUUUCGAGAUCAAUCCCAACAAGACCAAUCCAUUCACCGUACCGGUUCAGCCGGAAGUUGAACGAGAUGGCAGGUGGGUCUGGUUCCCUUGGAACAUUUCGCCUCGCAAUCGCCUUCGAAGUCCUUUCGGGGUUUCACCUUUGUCGUUUAUGUUCCAAAGGUCUACGAGUCGAGCUAGCAGCCAUUACUGCGAUCUUGACGAUGAGGAUGAUGAAGAGGAAAUGAUAGUAGAAGAAGAAGUUAAUGAUAUUGAGAACCUGAAAAAAGAAGAAGAAGACUAUCGACAACAUCUCGCAAAGAAAGAAAGCUAUGUUGCCAAAACAAAGCAACGUAGAGAAUCGAGGCUGUCAGUGAUAUUGCUAGACCAAGGUCUGUUUACAGUCUACAAGCGGCUCUUCGCCGUCUGCCUGUUGCUGAAUUUACUAGGCCUGCUUCUCGCCGCUACCGGACGUUUUCCAUACGCCAGGCGGAAGGCAGCCCUUUUCUCUGUUGGGAACAUACUCGUCCUUACACUUUGCCGGACCGAGGCCUUCCUACGGUUCGUUUUCUGGCUGGCUGUCAAGGCUCUGGGGAGGAGCUGGGUCCCACUCCGACUCAAGACCAUGACCACUUCUUUCCUCCAAUCCCUUGGUGGCAUCCACAGUGGCUGCGGGGUCUCUUCGAUUGCAUGGCUCAUAUACGCGCUCGUCCUGACUAUCAAUGACAGACAAAACACUACAAAUGCAAUCGUAGCCGUUGCCUCCACCAUCCUAUCACUGCUCUGCCUAUCAUCAUUAGCCGCAUUCCCUUUAGUACGCCAUCUCCAUCACAAUAUAUUCGAACGAACCCACCGGAUCGCUGGCUGGACCGCACUCGCCCUCCUUUGGCUCUUCAUCGUCCUCACUAUCUCAUACAACCCCAUUUCGAAAUCCUACCACAAUUUCCAUUGUUCUAUUCUAGUAAAAGAGCUAGAAUUCUGGUUCACGUUAACCAUCACAUUUCUGAUAAUCCUUCCAUGGACUACGGUGAAACGAGUUGCAGUGACAAUCACCACUUCUUCUGGCCACGCGGCUCUGAUAAAGUUCGAGGGAGGAGUGAAAGCUGGCUUACUGGGGAGGAUCAGCCCGUCUCCCUUAUCUGAAUGGCACGCAUUCGGUAUCAUAUCAGAUGGUAAUAAAGACCAUAUGAUGCUUGCUGGUGCAGUUGGAGACUUCACCAAGUCCUUGGUUUCAGACCCACCUAGCCAUCUUUGGGUCCGGUCGGUUCGCUUCGCUGGUCUACCUUAUCUUGUGAACAUGUACCAAAGGGUCGUUUUGGUAGCAACGGGUUCCGGCAUCUGUGUUUUUCUCUCCUUCCUCUUACAACCAUGUGCUGCUGAUGUGUGCCUUGUUUGGGUGGCGAAAGGGAUUGGAGAGAAUUUUGGAAAGGAAAUCAAGGAGAUGAUGAGUGGGUUUUCGAAAGAGAAGGUGAUCAUCCAUGACACGGCUGUCUGGGGCAGGCCGAACGUGGCGGAGAUGAGUAUCGACGCAGCGAAGAGGUGGAGGGCGGAGGUGGUCAUUGUCACCAGCAAUCCAAAAGGGAGUAGGGACGUCGUGAAUGCAUGCAAGGGUGCUGGAAUAGCUGCCUUUGGGCCCAUUUGGGAUUCUUAGGUUGUUGCGGGUGUAUGGAAGCUGGGUUGCUCCUGCAUGCAGUUGUUAUGGCCUGCUUGCGCGGGAGAAACCCUUUUAAAUUUUCGAUCCGUGACUAGCUGUAAUAGGACAUGGCCACGUCAGCAGUUACCUUGUCGUGUUGCUUCUACUUCUUCGGA